CAAUCUCGUGCAAAUGAUUUCAAAAUUUUAUCAGUUAUCGCCACAAGGAAGGGAAAACAGCAAGUUGGAGAUCCUUGAAACACUGAGAAAGACAUUCAAGAAUUUGGAUCAUGAUGUAAAAAUUGAAGAUUUUAUUGGUUCAAGUGCUCGGACAGAAGAGGAGUUGACCAACCAUUUGCAGACAUUAAAAGCUCAGUUGGCUGAAUUGGAACUGAGAUUGAGUUAUUGGACUGAUCCUGGAAAAGUUCAAAGCAUAGACCAGAUCCAACGUAUGGAACACACUCUCAGGGCAUCUCUUAAUCAGAUUCAAAUACAGAAGGCCUCCUUUGGGAAUCAACUUAUGCCACUAUGCAAUAGUGGUCAGAAUAGUAUUCCAUUGCCCAUGGCAAUGAGCAAUGAUCAACAAUCUCCGCAUAUGCAAUGGAUUCAUGGUUGUGACGGGCAUCAUCUUAUGCGUUCAGAAGAUGCUUAUUUAAUGCAGAGGAAUUUCGACAGCUCCGCAGGCAUAACACUUCAAGGUUUUUUCGACACUCAAAGACCAGAAUGUAGCAGACGAGGACCUGGGAAUGCCUCAAAUGAUUUGAACCAAAACUCCUGUUUGCAAGUGCAGCUUGGUGUCCAUAAUCCAUAUCAGUCCUAUGAUAUGAAUUAUCCUCUUAAAUUCUACCAACAACCUAAUACUGGAUAUGAUACUGAUUUUCAGACAUGGGCUUCUUCAUUUGGUUCUCGUGGUAUGGUGAAGUUUCAUGAGCAUCUUUACGCUCAGACCCAGAAUCCUGUUUCAGGCGGCUGUUCUUCCAGUUCCAACAUGGCGCCCUGGAGGCCUUAGUUGUCUACAUAGCUUCUC